GUCUGCUGCAAAUCCACUGCUACUUAUCAAUACUUCAAAACAACAAGGGAUAGGAACAUGAGCGCUAGUACAGGGCAACAGGUGCAAGUUCCCGCGCCGAACGCGGGCCUUCUAAAGCUAGCCAAGGAUAUCUUCGCGGGGACAUGUGGAGGCAUCUCUGUGACACUCGUCGGCCACCCGUUUGACACGCUGAAGGUUCGGCUGCAGACGCAACCGGUGGAUAAGCCAAUCUACUCCGGUGUGGUGGACUGCGCGCGCAAGACCAUCCAAUGGGAGGGCCUCGGUGGGCUGUACAAGGGUGUGACCUCGCCGCUGAUGGGGCAGAUGUUCUUCCGCGCCUCGCUGUUCGGCGCGUUCGGCGCCUCCAAGCGCUGGCUGGCCACCAACUCGGACGGCACGACGCGGCCUCUUGUGUGGUCUGACUUUUACAAGGCGGGCGCCAUGACGGGCUUUGUGGCGGCGUUCACGGAGGGCCCCAUUGACUUCUACAAGAGCCAGCUGCAGGUGCAGAUCAUCCGGAGCAAGAUGGACCCCAACUACAAGCCCCCCUACACGUCGGUGCUGGAGUGCGUGCGCCAGACCAUCCGGUUAAACGGCUUCAAGGGCCCCUUCCAGGGCCUAAGCGCCACACUGCUGCGCAACACGCCCGCCAACGCCGCCUACCUGGGCUCCUUCGAGGUGCUCAAGCAGAAGGUGGCGGCGGCACACGGCGUGCAGACCACAGACCUGUCCGCGGCCACCAUCACCGCGUGCGCAGGCACGGGCGGCAUCAUCUACUGGUUGAUCAUCUUCCCGGUGGACUGCAUCAAGUCCGCCAUGCAGACCGACUCCAUCGACCCCGCCAAGCGCAAGUACACCACCAUCCCCACCACCGCGCGCCUGCUGUGGGCGGAGGGUGGCGUCAAGCGCUUCUACAAGGGCUUCACGCCCUGCCUCAUCCGCGCCGCGCCCGCAAACGGCGUAAUGCUGCUCACAGUGGACAAGGUGACCACCUGGCUCAACAAGAACACUUAAGGGAGGAAGAAGCGAGCUGCGAGGUGGAACUGGAGGUGGUGGCGGAGCAGGAGAAGGAGGCGUUGGGAAGAGGUACUAAUGAUGGGAAGGGAGGUCAGCUGGCCUGCUGGCGGGUUAGGCGAGAGGUCAAGGGCGAAGGUGGAGGCGGCAGCUUGUCGGUGUAAGCGUAUAUUUAGGGUAGGAGAGAGUCGAGAGAAAAGGUCUAGGUGUGUGUGUGUGUGUGUGUGUGUGUGUGUGUGUGUGUGUGUGUGUGUGUGUGUGUGUGUGUGUCUCACGGGCCGGUCACGGAGUCAUGGGCCUGAUUAUGCAUGUCCGGGUGUGUGUGACAAGAGAGGUUGCGGGGCGAUGUGCCUUGUGCGGUGCCACGCAACGUGUGUUUUAGGUUAACAUAACUGUAUCGGGUGGUGAGCAAAAGAAAAGGGGUGAAGAAGGACAGAUCGGAUUGCACUAGUGCGUUUUUGGUGUGCACAUGCGAUAGAGUGCCCGCGGGCGUGAGCCCCUGCUUUCAAGCAAGUUGCGCACAAACUUCGCGGUGCUCGAGUGCUGGUUAACUUCACGGCAACGAUUUUGGGUGGCGCAACAGGCUUUGCGUUAGUGCUGCCAUGAGCGGAGGAGGGACAUGCGCAGCUCAUGAUGCUGCUGGUGUGUGUGGAAGCGCACUGGGUUGUGAUUUGUGAAGCAGCUUCUUAUGAUGCUUGCACAUACCGGUAUCCGGGGAGGUCACGCGUGUGAAACACGGAUGCUGGUGGCUUGUCGAAAUGCGUGGUGAUGACGGUAUCACGACCCAAGGACUCGAUGGCACUCUGACAAGCAGGCUAGUCAUGCGCGCUUAUGGCCAGUCGGGACCAUUCACUCCUGUGGUGAUGUAAUGGGGCCGACGGCAUUCAGGCGUUACAGCACCGUUCCCGCCCCGUGCGCAAUCGUCUUCCUGAAGCACCUGUCGGUCAGAAAAGCGUAGCGGACACCUAAACACAACCGGACAAUUUCAUCGCAAUUUUAACGCUUUCUGUCAAGGGCUGGGAAGGCGCGCUGCUUGCAGAGUGGGGCGCUUCGAUUCCCAGCAGUACCCAGCGCCGCCGUAUGAGGACGUCGGUAGCUGUUUUUCUCACACCACUGGUUCGAUCGCUUGAUAGGUCUAGGCGGGUAGGAUAGAAGGCAGGGGCGUCAAGGCGCCCUGAGCGGGUGGUGCAGGUUCAGGCCUGCAGCCGUGGCAGAGGCUGUCUCACUCAACCCUGCCGCCCUGGAGAGAUAGAGGUGCUGAAUGCAAGCACGAACAGUCGGGGAAACGGAUAGGGAAGCAGAAGUGGGAGCCGUAGCAGAAAUGGAAGACCGGAGUGGGAUUGCUCAACUAGAAGGGGAAGCUCGGGGUGUAUACGUGUUAGUAGUACGGCUGUCAGGUGUCAGUUAGAGGUGACGGCUGACUCUGAGCGCGGGAGAACUGUUUUGGUUAUGUCGGGAUACACGUCCCGGAUAUCAGUUGCAGUGCGGUGAGAGGCAGACCUAUCCUGGCAAGGUAGGUGGCUCACAGCACGCCUAAUGCGUGAGGGACCGGAGGUGAAAUCCGCGCCAGUAAUGGAAGGGAAACCCACGAUACGCUA